AAAAUCUUCUUGUUUUUAUUUUACAGUUUGAGUACUCAAAUCAGUUUGAGUACUUCCAAUGUAAUGUCUUCGUGACCUGAUGCACUUCGCUGCUCUUUAAGAGAGACGUGGUCAAAUCCAGAAACUUUCUGGAAAUUUAGUUUCCAUUCUUAAUUGCUGCCCCCACAAAGAUCAUGUGAAUUCCCUGAAUUAUAGGAUAUGUUUUAUUUAUUUAACCUUUAUUUAGCCAGGUAAGACCCAUUGAGGUUAAAAACCUAUUUUGCGAGGAUGACCUGGCAAGAAGGCAAAACAGAUAUGGCUGCUCUACAUUCUUUGUAAACUGUAGGGGGUGUCUUGAAAUAAUAUGUAGUAUUUUUAGAGAGACGUUGAUUAUCAACUUGAGAAUGGGUAAUGGGACAAAUAGCAUUUGAAGUCUACACUACUCCUUGGGUACACAGACUUGACCUCAGCUUUUGCCAUAUUAAUUUACCCUUUUGUGCACACAGAUCGGCACAAACAUUACAUAGUCAAAAGAUUUGUAGGAAAUGCAUUGUGGAAAUAUGAAAUUCCCAGAAGUCUCCCGUUGAGGUGUAAACUGUUUUAUAGAAAGGAUUGUUGAAUUAGAUCUUGAAUAAAGAAAGCAUAAUUCAUAGCAUGGCAUAAAGUCAGUUGUCUGCCCAGCACUGGCAAACAGAAUAAUUGUUUUUCGCGGAUAAAAGCAAUAGCAAGAGGACAAUGGUUUGCUAUCUAUCAUUUGUGAAAUAACUACAAGGAGGCUUUCAUUAUGCAUGGGAAAUGGUGCUGGGUUGGCUUUGUUUGCUCGUGAAAGGACGUGCCCGUGCCAACCAAUGAGGUGAGAGAAUGAGUGUGGUAGUAUGACGUGUAGAUGCAAAUCCCCUCUAUUUCACCCUAUUGCCUGACUCAACCAGCAAGUGUGUGUCUUCAGUCUUCAUUCCUUGCCACGGAACGAACCUGUUAAUUCUGCUGUCUGAAUAUAACGGACGCUUGUUUUUGUUUUGCUGGAGAUUAAAGACACAUUGCUUGAAAUCAAAUCGUAUAUUUUUCUUCAACACAAGACUGCGUAAUUAUAAAUUUACUUUUAUCUGAUUAAUUCAUAACUACGCUAUUUAGUAUUCAUUUGAAGACAAAAUGAAGACAAAAUUUAUCAACGGUGUGUCAUCCCCUUCUAUGGCCUUGGGUUUGUUGGUCACUGAAAACGCACUUGAGGUCCAGCCAGACACUGAUGAUGAAUGCAAGGAAAUCAUCCGGCCGGAUGAGCCCGACCAGGAAACGAAGCGCAAGGCGUAUUUAUGGUGCAAAGAUUUUCUCCACGGUACGUGGAAAACGGUGACAGAAGAGGAUUUUCAAAUCAGCAUAAUAAGGGGUGGCCUCAGCAACAAGCUCUUCCUCUGCGCCCUACCCGACAUCCAACCCAGUGUAGGUGAUGAACCCCGCAACGUCCUCUUGCGUCUGUAUGGAGCUAUUCUACAGAUGUCCUGUAAUAAGGGGGAGCCCAGACAGUCAAACAAAGAAAAUCUCUUUCAAGGUGCCGAGGCCAUGGUGCUGGAGAGUGUGAUGUUUGCCAUUUUGGCUGAGCGGGAGCUUGGGCCCAAACUCUUUGGCAUCUUCCCGCAGGGCAGACUGGAGCAGUUUGUCCCUAGUCGUAAACUGGACACGGAUGAGCUGAGCAUGCCUAGCAUAUCUGCUGAAAUAGCUGAGAAGAUGGCCAAGUUCCAUGGUAUGAGGAUGCCUUUCAACAAGGAGCCCAAAUGGCUGUUUGGAACUAUUGACAAGUACCUGAACCAGGUGAUGAGACUCACCUUCACCAGGGAGUCCCACAUGCUCAAGUUUGCCCGUCUGAUGAGCUGUAACCUGCCCCAGGAGAUGGAGAAUCUCAAGUCUUUGCUGGACUCCACUCAUUCCCCUGUGGUUUUCUGCCACAAUGACUGUCAAGAAGGAAAUAUCCUUCUCCUCAGUGGUUGUGAAGGCACUGACAGACAGAAGCUCAUGCUGAUUGACUUUGAAUACAGCAGCUACAACUACAGGGGAUUUGACAUAGGAAACCACUUCUGUGAAUGGAUGUAUGACUAUACAAAUGACAAGUUCCCAUUUUUCCAUGUCAACUCAAAUAAUUAUCCCACUAAAGCCCAACAGCUACAUUUCAUUGGAAGCUAUCUGUCAGAGACUGAGCAGGGAUUUGAGAACCAGAGCGCUGAAGACCAGAUGAAACUCAAAGAGGAGCUGUUUGUGGAAGCCAACAGGUUUGCUCUGGCUUCGCACUUCUUUUGGGGUCUGUGGUCGAUUAUCCAGGCGAGAAUCUCCACCAUUGAGUUUGGGUACAUGGAGUAUGCCAUGGCCAGGUUUGAUGCAUACUUUGAGCAGAAGCGGAGCUUGGGGGUCUAAGCGAGGGACCACAUACUGUAACAAGGAGGUGGAGGAUGAAUGGAUUAACAGCGCUUAAUUGAAAAUAAUACAGACAGGCAAUCAGGGUGUAGGACCAUGCUUUAAUGGCGAACCUGUGCUUUGGGAAUUAAACGCUCGCUAAAGUUGGUAUCGCAUGGACCAAAGUGAAACCAUGAAUAUCUGGUUUGGUGUUGAAUUAUGCCCCAUGCAUUGCUGCUCAGUGUUUGCACAUUACUACGCUCCUAAUAUUACACACGCUCACAGGGUCAAGAUUGUUCUUGCCCUUUCUUUUCUUCAAAGAACAUCAGGAAGAUUAAGACAGGGAUAAAAAUCUUCAUUCUGAAAGGAGGUGUAAGUUACAUCUCCAGGAAGUCCAUUCCUGUUUGGAAAUGUUCUGGCGUAGCUAAAAAGAACAGAAGUCUCAAUGAGCCUUAAAAAUCCUUGCUUAUUGAAAACCCAUUAAUCUCUUAUCUGUGACCCAACGGCAAUAGUACAUUUUCUGUGACAUAAAAGCAAGGUUCAAAACAUACUCCAAAUAACUAAACUCUGUUUCAAUUGAUUGUUAGUUUUUUUGCAUCCAUGCUAUACAUGUCAGUUUUCCUUCAUUCUUUAUCAACAAAAAGUCCUCUAAGAUAACUUACAGAUGGAAAUAUUUGCAGCCACCAAUUAGAUGGGUGCGUCUCUGGCUAACAGCAUUCCCCACCUGCAGUACUGUAAAUAUAAUCUGAUAAAUGUGACCUGAAACACAGUAUACUCUUUGGAAAAAGGGUUCUUCAAAGGGUUCUCCUAUGCGGACAGCCGAAAAAACCCAAAAGGGUUGUAGUAAUGGUAACCUCACAACCCUACUCUGUACUUACCAUUUCUGCGGUUUGUGUAGAGUAAGAGUAUCAGCUCUGAAUAGGUCAUUGAAAUGUUAUUGGUAUUCAAACAGAUAUAUUCAUAAUGAAAAUGCAGGUCCUUCUACACCUGCAUUGCUUGCUGUUUGGGGUUUUAGGCUGGGUUUCUGUACAGCACUUUGUGACAUCAGCUGAUGUAAGAAGGGCUUUAUAAAUACAUUUGAUUGAUUGAUUGUAUAAAUCACAGAUAGUACAUUGGAUAAGUAAGGAAAUGGCAAACAGGAAAGCUCUCAGCUUUAACUCAAACAGAAAAACAAUAGAGAUGCUUACUGUGCUAUUCAGCUGGAGCUAAUAGUUGCAGAUGAAGUUGUGAGAAGAACUGUAAAUAAGUUGUAAAAAAAUCCUCAUGUAGAGGUUUUUAAUGUGUAUAAUGAUAUAUUUAGAAUGUGUUUGGGGACUGGAAAUAUUUACUUAACUUUUUUUUGUGAAAAAUUCAUAACCGAACUGUGAUAAUUAGUGCUGUUUUAAUAUGAAUUUCUAUUCUGUAUUUCAUCAUACUAUUUGUUUUAUGUAAACAUGUUUGUUUAAUCUGGUUAAUAUAAUAUUGAAACAAAUAUGAACCUUCACUUUGAAAUUACAUUGUUGCGUAGGCUACAAUGUCAGUGGCACUUCAAUCGCAUUCACCAGACACUUCUUCCCAAUGCUCAUACGUUAUUAGCCUGGGAGCGAGAUUAGUGGCACUUUCCUGACCAGUUGCAUUUUUAAGGAUAACGUUUUAAAUGUUUUCCUUAAAUGGAAUAUGUAUUUUUCUUAAUAAGAAAGUUGUCUCUUUCCUUGUUGAAACACGUCUCACUCCUGUUUUCUCAACACCUGCUAUAUCAUUAUUGUGUGAUCAACUACAUUCCAUUUUCAGGUAUAUCUUGUGAAUAUUUGUAUAUACAUUACACCUCUCUUUCAUGCUAUAUUAUUCGUUUGAGACAAUAAAAUAAGAAUUGAUCUAACUGUUGUCAAAUGGAAAUGUAAUUCACAGUGUCACAUACAGUUUUCUGAGUAUAUCCUUGCUGUAUUUCAUGUCUUGCCAUUCAAUACAGAGAUCAAAUAAAAUGUGAUUGAUUAUCAAAACAUAAGGGAAGAAGGAACUCCUCUACAUUACACUGAAUAUUGUUGAUUAUGUAUAUUGUAAUCUUAUGGAUAAUUGAACUGAAUGUCCAAUUUGUAUAUGCUGUGAAAGGAUCCCAACUACUCUAUUUUGUGAGUGCAACCGUUUAGCCUUGCUUACCUAUAAAGAUAGCUAUGCAGAUAUACACUAAAAGAAGAAAAUAUGUACCAUAUAAAUUCUUCCCUUGUAAAUAGCACGGGUAAAGUCAUUUGAAAAUGUACCACUAUGGCAAGUUCAUUAUAUACAUUUACUGUACCUUCUACUGCUUUGCACAAGUGCUACAAUAAAGAUAAAGAAAUAAAAUGUG